GGGGGGGGGCACAUUUCAUGUAACAAGGUCGACAUUCUGAGACAUUUCUUCAAAAGGGCUUUGGAGACACCGUUUGGAAUAUGCAUUUAUAAAUAGCCUACUGAAGGUGGACGUCUAAGCUUGAGAAUGGUGCUGUCUAUGGUACUGAAAUAUGCAGGGAUUUUCAGUUGCGGUUCAUGCUGGAUCAGUAAUGCACUGAAUAGGGACAUAACACGUUUAGACUCCAGUUAGACAAGGGAUACACAGUUGAUGCUCAUGGGGGACCAAAUCCUAAAAUGCAAGAUGCAGGUGCAACUUCGAACUUUUGCACAAAUUAAGCAUUGAUUUAAUGCAUGAUUUAUGCCAAACCUUUGUGCGGGUUUUUAAGAUAGGGGUGGUGAAUAUAAUGGCUCUCCACCGCUUUAGUAACUGAGUAAUGUGGCAUUAUGAAAAUAAAAUAAAUGAAGCAUGACCUAACCUAAAUCUCCUAUGUGUUUUCAAUCAUUUCCCUCAGCUUUAAGAGAGAGGGUCCGGCAAGAAAUUACAAAUUAGAUAUGGCAGUUAUUUAUUUAAUUUCCCUCAGGCUUGACAGAGUUGGGGAGGAAAGCGUUAACGCACUCUGACAGGCGGUCACGGAAUUGUUCGGACCAUUCACUGCUGUUUUCGGGUAGCUGUGUCCAUCGUCUAUGAUGCCUAAUAAGGGUACCAAAGAGAGCUAUACAUAUUGCCUGUCGCUUUUGUGUCUUGUGCCCUUCUUGCUGAAUGAACUUAUUGUGGGUGACACCAGUGGAAAGCUGCAUGUGUACAAGAAGGAUGACUCCAAGCCUUGGAUCACUAGAACAUGUGUGGGCAUGCUCACCUGUGUUGGUGUUGGAGACAUCUGCAACAAAGGAAGGAACUUUGUAGUUGCUGUGGGUGCAGAGGGAUGGUUUCACCUGUUUGACCUCUCUGCAGUGUCAGGAGCCAAGUCAGAUUCAUCCAGCCAACAGGAGGCGCUGUUCUCUGACGACCAGAAACCCUGCUUCUCUCAGCACAUUCCUGCCAACACCAAAGUCAUCCUUAUUAGUGACAUAGAUGGGGAUGGGCGCAGUGAGCUUGUAGUGGGAUACACAGACCGUGUGGUGAGAGCGUUCCGCUGGGAGGAGCCUACUGAUUCUUCAGACCUGAGCUCUGGACAGCUGGUCCUGCUGAAGAAGUGGCUUCUGGAGGGACAGGUGGACAGCCUGUCAGUAAACCCAGACCUAGUGGGUCUUCCUGAACUGAUGGUGUCCCAGCCUGGUUGUGGCUUUGCCAUCCUGCUGUGCACAUGGACACAACAGGGCUCCUCUGAGGCGGGGCCUGGGGAGGAGGCCCCACCCACUCCUGGCAGCGAGGGUCCCUCCAGAGACGUCAUUCUGCAUCUGACCACUGGUCGGAUCCACAACAAGAACGUCUCCACUCAUCUCAUCGGGAGCAUAAGCAGAGGCUCCAAAGGCGACUCCUCUAAAUGCGGCCUGUUUGCCCUCUGUACUCUAGAUGGCACACUGAAACUGAUGGACAGUUCAGAGCAGUUGAAAUGGUCAGUGCAGGUGGAUCACCAGCUCUUUUCUCUGCAGAAGCUGGACGUCACAGGCGACGGCAGAGAGGAGGUGGUGGCGUGUGCCUGGGAUGGUCAGACCUACAUCAUCGACCACAACCGCAUGGUGGUGCGGUUCCAGUUUGACGAGAACGUCAAUGCUUUCUGUGCAGGUCAGUACAACUGUAAGGAUGGCAAGAACAGCCCCUGUCUGGUGUACGUCAGCUUCAACCACAAGAUAUAUGUGUACUGGAGGGUGGAGCUGGAGCGCAUGGAACCCACCCAUCUCCUUAGGGUCCUGGAGGAGAGGCCAGAGUUCAAGGCCCGGCUGGAGCAACUGGGAGUGGACGCCGAGGACAGGGAGGCCGUGAGAGAGCUGGUGGGAGACACGCUCUAUGGACACACGUUGAAGAAGCAGGCCGGAUGACCUUAACACGACCCUCACCUCUCCACUCCUCCAACCCCCCCCUUCUCUUUCUCCUCGUUUCUGUAAAUACUCUGAAUAAAGGCUGAAACACACACUGA